AUGUGGGUCUUCUACCUGAUCUCGUUGCCCCUGACCUUGGGCAUGGUCCUUUUUACGCUCAAGUACUUCGCAGGCCCGGAGGUCCCUCGCUAUGUUUUGCUCACCGUUGGGUACACCUGGUUCUGUUCUCUCUCCAUCAUCGUCAUUGUGCCCGCUGACAUCUGGACGACGAUAAAUCAUAUUGAGAGUGGAGGAAUCUCAUUCUUUUGGAGCUGGUCAUAUUGGAGUACAUUUUUACUAACUUGGACUGUGGUGCCCCUUAUUCAGGGUUUUGAAGAUGCUGGGGACUUCACUGUGACAGAGAGAUUGAAGACUAGUGUACAUGUUAACUUACUUUUCUAUCUAAUUCUGGGAGCUAUUGGCGUUUUUGGAUUGGUUCUUCUCAUCAUGAUGCACAAGAAUUGGGGUGGAGGUGUUCUAGGAUUUGCCAUGGGCUGCUCGAAUACUUUUGGACUUGUUACUGGUGCAUUUCUUCUUGGAUUUGGUUUGAGUGAAAUCCCUAAGGGCCUUUGGAAGAAUUCAGAUUGGACUAUCCGCCAAAAAGUUCUUUCUCAUAAAAUUGCCAAAAUGGCUGUGAAACUUGAUGACGCUCAUCAAGAUCUUUCAAAUGCUAUUGUGGUCGCCCAAGCAACAUCCACUCAGAUGUCCAAGCGUGAUCCUUUGAGACCCUACAUGGAUAUUAUAGACAAUUUGUUAGCUCAAAUGUUCAAGGAGGAUCCAUCCUUCAAACCCCAAGGGGGCCGAUUAGGUGAAAAUGAUAUGGACUAUGAUACUGAUGAAAAAUCAAUGGCAACGCUUAGGCGUCAUCUUCGAGGUGCCCGGGAAGAGUAUUAUCGGUACAAAAGUGAGUAUAUGACCUAUGUUAUGGAGGCCCUAGAACUUGAAGAUACUAUAAAAAAUUACGAACGCCGGAAUUCUACUGGAUGGAAAUAUGUUUCAACCUUCAGACCUUCUCGAACUGGCAGAUUAGGAUCUAUCCUUGAUACAAUAGAAUUCUUUUGGCGCUGCAUACUAAGAAAAGAAGUUGAAAAACUUUUGGCUGUCAUACUUGGGAUCAUUUCAGCUGCUAUUCUUUUAGCAGAGGCAACUCUGCUUCCUCGAGUUGACCUAUCUCUCUUUUCAAUUCUCAUAAAUUCUGUUUCUAAGCAAGAAGUUCUUGUGCAGGUAUUUGCCUUUGUUCCUUUGAUGUAUAUGUGCGUCUGCACGUAUUACUCCUUGUUCAAAAUCGGUAUGUUGAUGUUUUACUCAUUAACGCCCAGGCAAACAAGUUCAGUCAACUUGCUUAUGAUAUGCUCGAUGGUCGCUCGUUAUGCUCCUCCAGUUUCAUACAACUUUCUCAAUCUCAUUCGUCUCGGUGAACAUAAAACUAUAUUUGAAAAGCGAAUGGGAAACAUUGAUCAAGCUGUCCCUUUCUUUGGGAGUGAGUUUAACAGAAUCUAUCCACUUAUCAUGGUUGUGUACACCCUGUUGGUUGCUUGCAACUUUUUUGACCGCAUAAUUAAUUUUUUUGGGAGAUGGAAACGAUUUAGAUUUCAAACUGAGGCUGACGAUAUGGAUGGUUUUGAUCCGUCUGGGUUAAUUAUCUUACAAAAGGAGCGAUCUUGGAUUGAACAAGGUCUCAAAGUCGGUGAACAUGUUAUCCCAUUAGCUAGGAAUUUCAACAGCACGGAUGUUGAGACUGGCAGCAGCAACAUGGAUAGGACUCUUGUUGAAAUGAAAGCAACAAGCAGUCUAAGCGCUGAGGGGGCAAAUGGAACUCCCUCAAAAUCUUCGAAAGAAGAUCGCAGAUAUAGCUCAAGUAAAGAAGCCAUCAGCAACAAGUAUGCUGCCAUUAGAGAACAGAGCAGACAAGCUUCUUUCAACACAAAUCCAGUGGAGAAGAAUAUUUCUGCUGCCAAGGUCUCCUUGCUUGAUGGAGACAACUCUAACCCUGAUAACACAUCAGGAGGGUCACCUACUGGCUUGUCCUCAAAGUGGGAAUCAAUGAAAAAUGGUUUCCAAAAUUUCAAGGCAAACAUAGCAGCCAAAAAAUUUAUUCCCAUACGCCAAGUUCAAGAUACUAUAGACCUAUCUCGUGCUUCUUCUAAUGAGUCCCUCGACGAGAUAUUUCAGAGAUUGAAACGGCCAUCUGUAGAUCAUGUGAGCUAUGUUGACGAGGAUGAAGAUGACAGGGAGGGAAAGUCUGGUCCUAGCAGAUAA